AUGACGAGGGGAGUUCACGCGCACGGUGAGCAAAUGUACAGAAACGCCACGCGAACACGCCAGCCAGAAAUCCCCCUCUGCAACGCACUCUUCUAUUCUGCUUCUUUCCGUGCGUUCCGUUCGUUCCGUUCUCGUGCCUUCCCGCAUCCCCCCUCCCGCACCCUCCACAUCAAAAUGUCCCAAGUCCUCAUCGUCGUCGUGAUCACGUAUGGUUCAUUGCUCAAUCUCCUCGCCAAGCCAUGGUCCUCGACCGACUCGCUCCUGGAACGGCGGCGCAACGAUAUCCUCGCGCUUCUUCUCUGGCUGCUGCUGCUUCUCCUCGCUGUGUUAACAGUACGAUCCGGCAUCGCCAACUCCACCACCGACGACGCCUUUGACCUGCAAGACUGGACCGCCCUCAUCCUCCCUUUCGCCCUCGCCGCUCCCUACCUGCUCGAGCUCAUCGCCACCCUGGUGCGCCAGCUAGAGAUGUGGCCCUGGAUGCGCGCAGCCUGCAUCCACGCCCUCCCCAUCGCCUGGCUGUACCGUACCAUCACCGUGGCCGAGCAAGACCCCGACGGCAUCUGGUUUCGUUCGCACCUCUGGCGGCCCUCGCCGCCCACACUGCGCAAGCUUUCCACGCUCUCCCCUGCCUCACCACGAGUCAAGAGCUUCUGGGAAACCACAUCCCGCCGCGCCUCACUCCACCAUCUCUUCUAUACCUGGCUAACAGUCCUGGUCUCCGCCAGUCGUUACGCCGCACACCAAGUGCGGCACAACUCGCGCCGCUCGCAAAUCCUCCCAUGCGUUAACGCGACGUGCACGCUCUUGCUUACGGUCAUUCUCACGAGCUUGAUGGGGUUACUCUACGCCAGCUCUCUCGUGGAGUUUCUGUUGCUGCUCUCCUUCGACUUCCACUGGUGGGUACGAUGCCACAUACACGAGCGCAUCCUAGCGCGGUAUGACACGGUGCACUUUGGGCGGCAAGAAAUGCAGAGCAUUUUCGAACAAAGCAUGGCCAUCAAGCGGUCGCUGCGCGUGUGCGAGGGCCUGGACGUGGAGCGCGUGCAUGAUCGGAUCAUGACGGCGGUGAUCACAACGACGGCAGUUCUUGAAAAUGCGUUUCGGCGGGCAUACUUGGUCGUGCCCGUGUACGAGCAGUCGAUCUCCAAUCGCAAGGCACUGCGCGACAAGUACGAGUACGUGGGGUGCAACUUGGACCGGCUCAUCAAACAGGUGCGGGUGCUGCUCGAAGUGCGUCACACGAGCGGACUGCUGUCGAUCACAUCGUCAUCGGGGACGAUAGAGGCGUCGUUGCACAACAACAUCGAGUCCAUCUUGAGCGUGGCGUUGUUCUUCCCGUCGACGACUCUGUACCACAUCACGGCGCGGGUGGCCGAGCUAGAGGGGAUGAUCGAGGAGCGUGUGAGACAAAACCCCGGGAUGGCAGCCGAAGCGGUAACUCGGGAAAGAGUGGUGUACAUCGACGCGCGAAACGCAAUGUUCUGGUUGUUGUGGAUCGUCGUUACUAAAGAGUGGGUAGACGUGGCGGGGUUUUGGGCCGGCGACCAGAGGGAAGGUAUAGAUCGCGAGGAGGACGAGAGGACACAGAAGGAAUUUCCGAAUGCGAGGACGGAGACACUGUAUGUGAUAGCAACAUUUUUGAGCCGGUGUCGUUACUGCGACCGGUACGGGAUGCAAGACGAAGGAGGCUUCUAUAAGGAGGUGCGUGAGUUGGGGAAGAAGAUCGGACCGAAAAGGGUGGAAGCAGUGUUUGAUGAGCUGAGUGGAACGUUGAGCAUUUGCCGGUCGUUGUCGUUGCUCGAAUGGGUGACCAGGGAGUACAAGCUAGAGUGGGGAGGCGAAAGAGAGAGGGGCGGCGGGUUGCGAUGCAUGUGGCAAAGUGACACGGGGGAGAGGAAAGAAGCGGUUUGCAAUAUUGCGUUGGAGUGAGAGCGUGAGGAUGCGAGGGGGAGGGGGUGCGAGGGGGAGGGGUUGCGACGGGGCGGGACAGAAAUUCAUCAACGAAGCGGAUGAGUAUAAGAAGGACAACGCAGUGGCGACGGAGAAAAGGUCGCCAACGUGAGGGCAAAAUUUAACUGUUUUUCAGCCCUCAAGACCGCCUCCCGCCACGUGGAUACCUACUCAUACCUCGCAACCUCGUGGGCAGGAACCUCGAGAGCAGGCAACCUCCGCAUCAACUUCCCCGUCACCGCGAGAGCACUCACGCCGCCGCAACCAGUCUAUCCCGUAUUCCAACAGGGAACCAUCACUGCCGGCCGCGUUGGACGCGUCGCCCUGGCGACGCGACGCCCUGCUGCAGGCUCUAACCGAGAGCAGGCAACCUCCGCAUCAACUUCCCCGUCACCGCGAGAGCACUCACGCCGCCGCAACCAGUCUAUCCCGUAUUCCAACGGGGAACCAUCACUGCCGGCCGCGUUGGACGCGUCGCCUUGGCGACGCGACGCCCUGCCGCAGGCUCUGCCGCACCUCCGACGGCCCUUAAAACGGGAUGCGCGCCACCGGCAUCGCCCCGGCCUUCGUCGCACCCACCAGCUCCAUGUCUGCCGCCGGCUUCUCCAUCUCGCGCCUCACGGCUGCCGCCUCCAAGCGUGCGCUGCCCGCCGAGCGUGCGCUCUUUGUGGCGGCCUUCCGCGACGUGUAUGACGAUCUGCCGCCAGCCACGCUCGGUCUGGCCCCCAGCCAGACGGUCCCCGCCUUCCUGCACGCCGCCUUCGACGACGAGGAGGCCGCUUUCAAGACCGCGCAUCCUACCGUCCGGUUUUACGUCGCGCGACACGGCGCAGACUUGGUCGGCUACCUCAGCGUCGACGUCGAGUGCAACGCCAUGUACCUGCGCCAGAUGGCCGUCAGCACCGCGUGGCAGAGGCGCGGCGUGGGCAGACAGCUCAUCGAGACGGCCGUGUGCGAAGGGGGAAAGGGCGUGCGCGUCGUCACCGUCGCGGUCAGGAGAUUCAACGACGCCGCCAAGACGUUUUAUACGCGCCUCGGGUUUCGAGAGGGCGGCGGUGUCGGCGCGUUGGACCCCGACCUUUAUUGCGGCAUGAGGAUGGAGAAGGGGAGGAAGGCAGGCCCCGGUUUGCUCUCCGCCCUCCUACCAGUCGUCAUCGCCCUCGGUUUAUGGACCUUGCGCGCGGGCGUGUAGGGUGGGUACGCACGCUUGCUCUGUUCCUGCCAGUUGUGCACGGGCGUUUGAUUCGGAAGGGGAGAGGGUUUGUUUACGCGCGGGCUCUGGCGCCCUCUGUCAUCGCAUGCCCCGUGUGUAGUGUUGUGGCCGUUAUCCAGGUUUGAUCUCGUCGUUGUCAGUUGCGGACUAGAAAUAGCUGUUGUAAUAGAUACGGGGCAGUGCUCUGGCUUUAAAAGUACUGCAUGGUUAUUGCUACGUG